AUGGCUCUAGCAGACACGGAGCGUGGACUGUCCACUUGCGGAGACUCCAGCCCUCCUUUCCCUGAGAUUGUUGAGCUAAAUGUUGGUGGGCAGGUGUAUGUGACCAGACACAAAACUCUGAUCGCGGUGCCAGAUUCACUCUUGUGGAACAUGUUCAGCAAAAAGUCGCCUAAGGAUUUGGCACGCGACAACAAGGGGCGCUUCUUUUUGGACAGAGACGGCUUCUUGUUCCGUUACAUCCUCGACUAUCUGCGAGAUCUGAACUUGGUGCUGCCAGAAUAUUUCCCAGAGAAAAGUCGACUGCAGAGGGAGGCGGACUUUUAUCAACUGCAGGACCUCGCGAAACGCUUAAGCCCCCGCAUGAGUAAGGACAACUCCAUCAGUGAAGAGAUCAGUCAGAGCGACACGGAGGAGGUUGUGCAGCAGUGCGGCCCCUCAGGUGCCAUGGAGACUUUACGCACCAUGUCCUCAAGUGGGGCCAUGCGCUCCCCGUCUAUAGACUCCAGAAGAUCUGGCUACAUCACAGUAGGAUACCGUGGCUCUUAUACCAUCGGGAGAGACAUUCAAACCGAUGCCAAAUUCAGGCGAGUAGCCCGCAUUACUGUUUGCGGCAAGACCUCGCUCGCCAAAGAAGUGUUUGGGGAAACGCUUAACGAGAGCAGGGACCCUGACAGACCACCGGAAAGAUACACGUCCCGCUACUACCUAAAAUACAAUUUUCUUGAACAGGCGUUUGACAAGCUGACAGAGGUGGGCUUCCACAUGGUGGCCUGCAGCUCCACUGGCACCUGCGCCUACACCAGCAAUGACCCCAACGAGGACAAAAUUUGGACCAGUUAUACUGAAUACGUUUUCUGCCGGGAAUAA